AUGUCCCUUCCAAAGGAAUACGUUGAAGAGCUAAAUAUUCUUAACCGUGAGGUUGCUCAAAAUAAGCCUACAGACGUACUUCAAUUCUGUGCAAACCAUUUCAACUCGCGUUUAGAGGAACAUCGCAAGCAGUUGUUGAGUGGCAGUUCAUCCGCUGGUACUAGUGCUGCUCGUUCUGUGGGAUCCCCCGGUGGCCCCACCUCUGCCCCUUCUCCUCCUACUGGUGCAGGUUUUGGUGGUUUUAAUACUCAUUCAUUUUCAAGCGGCGAUCCUACGUCUUUGGCCCCUUCCCAUGGUCAUUCCGAUGACCCUGCUUCAUCAGAUGACCCAAUGACCGGAGUCACUCCCUCCACAAAUAGAGAUAAUAAUACCGCCCCUGCAUUUGGUUCUGGAAGUGCAGGUGAACGUACUGGUAGCCCUGGUCCCACCAGUGGUAAUGCGCCAUUUGGUUCAUCGCGUUUAGUUCUCGGGGGAACUGGCGUGCCAGCUUUCGCAUCCAAUUUCAAUGCUAACAGGAGAACAUCUGUAAGCGCUGAAAGUUUGAACCCACAUUCUUUUGUUGGCUCUGCGGCUCCCCCUAUCCCAGAGAAAAUGCUUUCUCCCGAACAAUUGAAGCGACUCAAUGACAGUGUCUCGAAGAACUUCCUUUUUAGCAAUCUCGACGAAGAUUCUCUUCAUUUGUUACUUCACGCCCUAGAAGAGAAGAAAGUGGCUGCUGGUACGACCAUUAUUCAACAGGGCGAUCAGGGUGAUUUCUAUUAUAUUGUUGAAAGCGGUUCAGUUGAUUUUUACCGUGAUCACGAGAAGAUCAGCUCAAGCGGCAGUGGAAGCAGCUUUGGUGAACUAGCCCUUAUGUAUAAUGCCCCACGAGCUGCGACUGUUGUAGCCGCCACUGAUAGUGUCCUCUGGGCCCUGGAUAGAAUAACUUUCAAGAAGAUUCUUCUUGACAAGACCACUAAGAAGAGAAAGUUAUAUGGCGAGUUCCUAAAAGAGGUACCGGUUCUGAAGGUCUUGAGUCCCUAUGAACUCAGCAAACUUGCUGAUGCUCUUGUAACAAAAGUAUAUGAACCUGGAUCGGUGGUUAUUCGAGAAGGCGAUAAAGGUGAUGAGUUCUACCUUAUUGAAUCUGGUACUGCCACUGUUUCCAAGGCUAACGAGGGAACUGUAUCUGAAUUGAAAAAGGGUGACUACUUUGGCGAGGUUGCUCUGUUGCACGAUAGCCCUCGUCAAGCCACUGUGACAGCGACAACGAAGCUCAAGGUAGCUUCCCUAGGAAGAAGUGGCUUUCAGAGAUUACUUGGCCCUGUUGUAGAUAUUUUGAAGAGACAGGACCCUACUCAUGCCCCUGUUGCGGCUUCUGUAGCCCCUAAUUCCACUGCCAAUCAGAGUGCCGGUGUGUCCCAGGCUGUUGCCUAG